AUGUAUGAAAGAAUUCAUGACAAAGAUCGAGUUGUACCAUGUGAAUCCAGCAGAAUCGAGAGCAGUCAAGCAAACAAGUGUGUUAUCCUGGGAGAGAGCUUAAUUCACGACGAUUAUCUCCUUAAAUACUCUGAUUAUGAGCUUGUCGAGCACCUUGAUUGUUCAGAGGUUUCAUUGACGAACGCCAAGGAGAAAGGGGUUUUCGAUAGAGAGGAAGUGUGGAGGAAGAAGCUAAAUGGUUUGGUGUCUAAGGACGAUGGAGGAAGUGUGGAGGAAGAAGUACAUUAA